GAGGGCACGGCGCCCUGGAAGUGGAGGGGCCGCUCGGACAUCGACUUCGCUGUGGAUGAGAGCGGGCUCUGGGUCAUCUACCCCUCCAUGGACUAUGACUACUCACAGCAGGAGGUGAUCGUCCUGAGCCGACUCGACCCCGGGGACCUCUCGGUGCGCAAGGAGACCACCUGGAAGACGGGGCUGAAGCGCAACACCUACGGGAACUGCUUCAUCAUCUGCGGCAUCCUCUACGCCGUCGACAGCUACAGCCAGAAGGAAGGGCAGAUCUCC